UAAAACCCACAGCUUGAUAGUAAAGCAGCUGCCUUUUUCUUUGUUUUGUUUUUUGCAUUUCCACUCUUUUUGCAGUCUCCCGAAAGCUGCGAAGAUAGAUUCGGAUCGUAAGAGGAAGAAAGCUUCGAUCUCGUCAGCAGAUCGAACAGAGGCGGCGGAGAAACAGAAAGGCAAGAACCCAACAACCACCAGCAACCACCACCACCAAAGCCACCACCACAGGAAGAAGAGCAAGAUGUCAUCAUCGACGGCGGCAAAUCAAGUGAGGGCAGCCCACAUACUGAUCAAGCACCAAGGCUCUCGCCGUAAGGCUUCCUGGAAGGAUCCAGAAGGUCGCGUCAUCUCCAACACCACUCGAGACGCUGCUGUCUCGCAGCUCAAAGCCCUCCGUGACGACAUCGUUUCGGGCAAGGCUAAGUUCGACGAGGUUGCAUCUCGCUACUCCGAUUGCAGCUCUGCUAAACGUGGCGGGGAUCUCGGUCCUUUUGGUCGAGGCCAGAUGCAGAAGCCAUUCGAGAAUGCAACAUAUGCUCUUAAAGUUGGUGAGAUAAGUGACAUUGUGGAUACUGAUAGCGGGGUUCACAUCAUCAUGAGAACCGGUUGAUUAUCAUCGCUGAUGAUGCCUGGAUAUAUCGAGCAAUUUAGUUCAGUGUAUUCAGAAAAUAUAUUCAAGAAUAUUCUGAAAUUGUUCUCGAUAAUGCCUAUGGCCAAUUUUAUUGAGUGCUACUUUACACUUUGACAGUGACCUAAACGCUUGCGAACAAUUUGGUUGCUUACAGCAUUUAAUUGCAGAACCAUUUUGGUUUAUGGUGUGAGACUGUUUGCUUGUUCAUAAUAAAAGCUUUUGGUUAAAAUA